AUGCAAACAAUAGCCAAUAUCGAUUUCGAUAGUACCUUAUAUUCACAAGCUCAUCAUUGGAUGCUUAUACUUUACCAAAUGAAUGAACCAUCUAUGGCUAUUCAUUUAGAUAACGUACAUUUAAUGAGAUUUAUUCAGCCUUUCGAUAAUAUGCCCCGUUGUCAAAAUUAUAUAAACACGAAUACUGUUAAAACAUUCACUUUAUUCUCUUACAUUGGUAAUAUAUUAACAUGGCUUUGGAAUAAUAACGCUAUACCCGACCAUUUAAAUCAUAUUAUUAUCUUUUGUCCAUCUUCUAGUGACAAAAAAUAUUUACAAGCAUGGACAAAACGCUAUACAAAAAAAAUUAGGGAUAUUAUCACUCACGAUGCACUCGAUCGUGAAUUAUUAAUAGCUGGAAUGAAGUAUAUUGAAGAACUGUGUUCAUACUGUGAAGAUGAAGGUGUAUUGAACUUAUUGAAAGAAGACCAUAAGAAAGUCUGCUUAGCUUUAAUGUAUUCUGUGGCAAACCAAAUCACCUUACAGGACGAGUAUAUUCGAUUAAGUGAAGAAGCUUCUUAA